AUGUUAUGUGGAAUUGACUUUUUCUCGAAAGCAUAUGGAAAAAGUGUAAUCGUAGGUUAUGGUGCUUUUUAUCCACAAUUUUCAGUUAAUACACAUCAAUACGUACUGUUCGGAACUGAUAUUCAAAAUAUUGGCCUAAUGUUGGAAUGGAUGCAAAAACAUCAAUUCGACAACACUGGUAAAUAUGUAGUUGUUUGUGUAUCCAAAGAACAUUGCGAUGAAUCAGAAGGUGUUGAAAUGUUGUGGAAUUACAAAAUUAUAAACGUUGUCUUUCUUAAAACUGGAAUAAUAGCCACUGAAUCGAUGGCAUAUACAUAUUUUGACAAACGCUACGACUGUGAAGAGGUACGGCCAGUGAAAUUAGACAAUUGGUUCUCUUGUAUCGAUAUUGACCAUAGGAAAAAUUGUUUAGAAAUGUUUCCCUUAAAGUUAAGACAAUUACAAUCUUGUCCAAUAAUAGUUUCUACUUUUGCACAAACGCCCUACAUGAUGAUAAAUAACGGAGUUCCUUCAGGUACUGACGGAGAUUUACUUCGUCUCAUAGCAGAAAAAUUGAAUGCAAGUCUUCAAUUGAUGACUCCGCAGAGGGGAAUUGGCUGGGGCAAGCUCGAAGAGGAUGGAACUUGGUCAGGGUCACUUGCUGACGUGUAUUACGAUUUAGCAAACUUCUCGAUGACAUCGGCAAGUAUAACACUUAGUCGGUUCUCUCACUUCCAUAUGUCAGUGGACUACAAUACGGUGAGUGUAGUAUGGGUGACACAUCCUUCUGCUAUGGAGUCUCCUUCGUUAAAAUUAAUUCGUCCAUUUGAAAUCGAAGUUCGAAUAACUUUGGCACUUUCCUUUUUAUUAGUUGUUAUUUUAGCUGUGCUUAUUAAAAGGAAAUGUUGGAAUUCAAUGUUUAAGGCCAUUAAUAUUUCACUUCCUCGCCGAAGCCUCGUAUUUUAUUCUUGGGAACUUUGCAUGGGGUUGCCAUCAACAAAACUACCAACAAAGUCUGCAUUUUUAUAUUUAGCUAUGUUUUGGAUUUGGUACUGUUUUUUAAUCAGAACAUUUUAUACAGUGUUUCUUAUUAAAGCCCUAAAAACGAACGUAUACUCUUCAGAUAUACAAAAAAUAGACGACGCACUUGCAGCUAAUUACGGAAUAGGCGGAGGACUUGCACUUAAAGACUAUUUCAUUGACGAGCCAGAAAUUUAUAAUCGUUGGAUUAACUUCGAAAGUAAUGAAAUUUUUUCAGCAUUGAUGAACAUGUCCGAAGGUGCAAAGAGAAUAACUGCAGUAAAUUUAGAGACUACUAAAUUAUUCCAAAGAAAUCAAAGCAAGGAUUUGCAUAUUCUACCACAAAAAGUAAUCAGCAGUCCUACAGUACUAUUUUUUAAGAAAUAUUCUCCUCUGACUGAAGCAAUCAACGCUAUUUUGACGCAGUUGGUCGAAACUGGUUUUGUUUCCAAGAUUUAUAACAUUUACACGAAAUCAUAUUUUAUUAAGAAGUCAGGGCAUCAGAAGAAAGCAAUUAAUUUAGCACAUUUUACAGGUUGCUAUGCUGUUCUUAUUGGAGGAUGGAUUUUAUCAUUUAUAUUUUUUAUUAGAGAAUUAUACAAGGGACAUAGACGUAAAUCAAAAUAA